UGGCUUGUGUAGCAGCUCCAGCUCGGACCAGCAGUCACUCAGUCAGUCAGUGGGCUCAGCCGCCGCAUGGCUACUGUGUAAACUUUCCUCAAUAACAAGUGGAGACUGUCGGAUAACGAAGCAGAGCAGACGCUCGGAGAACUUGAGGGACAUACUAGGAAGAGGUCUUCUAUGAAUCGGGAACCUGUGCUCCGCUGAUUAAACUGUUGUUUCCCACUCGUGCAUGUUUAAACCAGAGGAGAGCUCUGGUGCCGUGUGUCGGCCAGACGACUAGUACAAACGAGUGGCAACAGCAGUCCGGAGGCAUGAUUUUGAGACGGGGCUCAGUCGUUGCUGCCUUUUUACUCUGCUUUCUCGCGAAGGUGUCGGAGGGAUCUGGACAAUUCGAGUUGCAAAUCUUGUCGAUGCACAAUGCGAACGGGGAGCUGCUGAGCGGCAUGUGUUGUGAUGGCACACGGAACAGCGCGGAUAGAAAGUGCACACGGGACGAGUGCGAUACGUUUUUUAAAGUUUGCCUGAAGGAAUACCAGUCGAGGGUUUCUGCUGCGGGGCCCUGCAGCUUCGGAAUGGGAUCUACGCCUAUCCUCGGAGGGAAUACAUUUUCUUUCAAGAGCUCUGUCAGGAAUGACAGAUCCAGGAUAGUUUUGCCCUUCAGUUUUGCCUGGCCGAGGUCCUACACUUUGAUAGUGGAAGCCUUGGACCACAACAACGAAACCAGCGGUGCAGAUGGGAAGUUGAUAGAGAAAGCCUCUCAUUCCGGCAUGAUCAACCCCAGCCCGCUCUGGCAGAAGCUGACUCACAACGGCCCCGUAGCACAGUUCGAGUACCAAAUCCGUGUCAGCUGUGAUGAGCACUACUACGGCUUUGGCUGCAACAAGUUCUGUCGACCCAGGGACGAGUUCUUCGGGCAUUACACCUGCGACUACAAUGGAAACAAAACCUGUCUGGAAGGCUGGUCUGGGCCUGACUGCAACACAGCUAUAUGCCGACAAGGCUGCAGCACCGAACAUGGAUCAUGCAAGGAGCCAGGUGGAUGCAAGUGUCUGUAUGGCUGGCAGGGCCAGUACUGCGACAAGUGCAUCCCCCAUCCUGGCUGCGUUCAUGGCACCUGUGUAGAGCCGUGGCAGUGCCUGUGUGACACCAACUGGGGAGGCCACCUUUGUGACAAAGAUCUGAACUACUGCGGCACUCACCAGCCAUGCCUGAAUGGUGGGACGUGUAUCAACACAGGACCUGACAAAUACCAGUGUACUUGUGCCGAGGGUUACUCCGGCGCCAACUGUGAGAGAGCGGAACACGCCUGCCUGUCCAACCCAUGCUCUAACGGAGGGAGCUGCUCGGAAACCAGUCAAGGCUACGAGUGCCAGUGUGCGCCCGGCUGGAGCGGCCCCUCCUGCACUAUCAACGUCGACGACUGCUCUCCGAACCCGUGCAGCCACGGAGGGACCUGCCAGGAUCUGGUCAAUGGCUUCAAGUGUCACUGUCCUUCACAGUGGACGGGGAAGACGUGUCUGAUCGAUGCCAACGAAUGCGAUAGCAAACCGUGCGUCAAUGCCAACUCAUGCCGCAACCUGAUUGGCGGAUACUUCUGCGAGUGCCUCCCUGGUUGGACGGGGCAGAACUGCGACAUCAAUAUAAACGACUGCAAGGACCAGUGCCAGAAUGGGGGAACAUGCAAGGACUUGGUGAACGGCUACCGCUGCACGUGCCCUCCCGGCUUCGCUGGCGAGCACUGCGAGAGGGACGUCGACGAGUGCGCGAGCUCGCCGUGUCUGAACGGCGGCCGCUGUCAGGACGAAGUGAACGGCUUCCAGUGUCUGUGUCUGACUGGCUUCUCAGGAAACCUCUGCCAGCUGGAUAUCGAUUACUGCUCGCCCAACCCGUGUCAGAACGGGGCGCCCUGCUUCAACCUGGCCACCGACUACUACUGCGCUUGCCCGGAGGACUACGAGGGCAAAAACUGCUCCCACCUCAAAGACCACUGUCGCACAACCACAUGUAAAGUGAUUGACAGCUGCACAGUCGCCGUCGCGUCCAACAGCACGCCAGGAGGGGAGCGCUACAUUUCGUCGAACGUGUGCGGACCUCACGGCCGCUGUCGGAGCCAGGCCGGGGGCCAGUUCAGCUGCGAGUGCCAGGAAGGCUUCAGAGGCACCUACUGCCACGAGAACAUCAACGACUGUGAGAGCAACCCGUGCCGCAACGGAGGCACCUGCAUCGACAAGGUCAGCGUGUACCAGUGCAUCUGCGGCGACGGCUGGGAGGGCGACCACUGCGAGAUCAACAUAGAUGACUGCAGCACCAGCCCCUGUCAUAACGGUGGGACGUGUCGAGACCUGGUGACUGACUUCUUCUGCGAGUGUAAAAACGGCUGGAAGGGAAAGACUUGCCACUCCCGUGAAAGUCAGUGCGAUGAAGCCACAUGCAACAAUGGAGGCACCUGCCACGAUGAGGGCGACACAUUCCAGUGCAAGUGUUCCCCUGGGUGGGAGGGUACCACGUGUAACAUAGCCAAAAACUCAAGCUGCCUUCCAAACCCGUGCGAGAACGGCGGCACCUGCGUGGUGAAGGGGGACUCGUUCACCUGCGUCUGCAAGGAAGGCUGGGAGGGUCCCACGUGCACUCAAAAUACCAACGACUGCAGUCCCCACCCAUGCUACAACAGUGGAACCUGUGUGGAUGGGGAUAACUGGUACCGCUGCGAGUGCGCCCCAGGCUUCGCGGGUCCAGACUGCCGGAUCAAUAUUAAUGAGUGCCAGUCGUCUCCGUGUGCCGGCGGCUCUACCUGCGUGGAUGAGAUCAACGCAUACCGCUGCCUCUGUCCGCCCGACAGAACCGGACCACACUGUCAAGAGGUGACGAGAAAAUCUUGCUCCGUUAAUGGACACGUCACCGCCGACGGCGUCAAGUGGGACGAGGACUGCAACACUUGCCACUGUUCAAACGGGAAAGUCGUGUGCACCAAGAUGUGGUGCGGCCCCAAGCCAUGCCACCUGGGGGUCAAAGGCAGAAGCGGGUGUCCCGCGGGCCAGAGCUGCUACCCCCUCAGGGAGGGCCACUGCUUCGUGAAGCCUUGCGUUGAGGACGGAGAGUGCUGGCGCUCCAACCCUCCCCAGCCUCCCACCAAGUGCCACCCCAGCUCCACUUACCAGGACGACAGCUGCGCCAACAUCACCUUCACCUUCCACAAGGAGACCAUGGAGACCAUGGAUAGCUUGUCUCAGGGCUUGACCGUGGAGGGAGUAUGCAAGCAGCUGAGGCUCUUGUACGUAGUGAAGAAUUUCUCCUUGGAGCAUUCAGUGUCCAUAACCUGUGACCCCUCAUUCUCAGCCAGCAACGAGAUCCACGUCUGCAUUUCGACUGAGGACCAUCGCUUGGACCAGAGCCCCAUUAAAGAGAUCACAGACAGGAUAAUCGACUUGGUUAGCAAACGCCACGGGAACAACACCAUCAUCUCCGCCAUCGCAGAAGUUCGUGUGCCAAGCCCCAGCAAAACUGACUAUCUGGUGCCCCUCCUCAUCUCCAUCUUCAUCGUCAUCUGGGUCCUCGUACUGGUCUCCAUUUUGCUGUGGUGCAUGCGCCGCCGGCGGAAACAGAGCAACCACAACGGGACGUCGGCAACCGGCUCGGAGGACAACACGACCAAUAACGUACGGGAGCAGCUUAACCAGAUCAAGAACCCUAUAGAGAAGCACGUGGGCCUCACGGUGGCCAUUAAAGACUACGAAAACAAGAACUCCAUCAUUGCCAAAAUAAGGACAAAUCACCCCGAGGGGGACGAGGACGACAAGGAGAGGCACUUACAGAAGGGCCGCUUUGCCAAACAGCCAGCAUACACACUGGUGGAGAGGGACGAGAAGGCGCCCCUCUCCAAUCCCAACUCCACAUCCAAGCAUCCUAAUUGGACUAACAAACAGGACAACAGAGACUUGGAGACAGCAAACAGCAUAAACAGGAUGGACUACAUUGUAUAGCAGACAGCUGUGUUGCCGUGCAACCAAGCCCUAUGCCUUCACACCCAGGUGGUGGGUGAAACAGGGGAGCUUUGGCAUGUGUAGUUAGUAAACGGUCAUGUCAUUUGUGACCCCACAGUAUUUUCAGAUAUUCCCCGUGUUAAUUUAAGUUUUGACAAGCUGGCUUACACUGGCAGUGACAGUUGCUUUGGUUGGCUGGAAACACAAGGCACUGGUAUACAUUUCACUGUAGAACGACUUGCAAAAGUGUCCACCUAUGCAUUUCACUUCCCUUUCUUUAAGAUUUAGUGGACAAAUGGAAGGGGGUAAUUGUCCUGGUGUAAUUGUUGUACAAUGACUAAAAAAAACUACCCGACUCGUUCAACACUAGAGCUAAUUAUUUUUAGUACGUGUUUGAAUUCUUUCUAGUUCUAUUUGGAGAAAGUGCCUUUUUUCAGCUUUAGACUUCAGCAACUGUCAAAUGAGAGAGAAAAAAAAAAAAGAUCAACUUUAUUAUUUAUUUUUAUUUUUGUGGGUGGGGGGAGGGGGGCUCAAUGUCAGCAGUUGCUGCCAAUAUGAAGAAUUUAUGUGACAAUUUAGAACGUGUAGAUAUGUACAUUUUUUUUUUAUUAAUCAUUGUGUAUAUUUGAUUUAUUAACUUAAUAAUCAAGAGCCUUAAGAUAUCAUUCCUUUUUAUUUAUAUGUUCUGUCUAGUUUGAAGGUUUUGAUAGCUGUGGAAGCCUACCAUUUCUUUCAGUGACAAAUUCUUUUUUCAACGCAUUCAAAAAAAAAAAAAAAAUUAAAAAAAAGCCAGAUUUCAAAGAAUUUAAGACAAAAGACAGGCACUCUGGGCCUAAGAGACAUUUUUUUGUUUUUCCACACAUUUCAUUAUUUGUUGCCAGGACCUUAAUUGAAGGCAAGUGAGGUUAGGACAACAAAAGAUCCUGGCUGCUGCAAGGGUUGGACAUGGUGGCAGACAUAUUGCUUGCCACUAAUGGAUAAAUACUUAAGGGAACAAAAAUUCUUCAGCAGCUCCAGUUUAAACCCACUGACAUUUUUCACAGGCUGUCAAAAUCCACCAACUUGCAAGGCAAGUCACAUCAAUACAACAUGGCAUGCCAAAAUUCCCAUCUCCUUUAGUCAGCAUAAUAUCAUAAGCUAGACCAUGAGUACUUGAACAGCAGGGGGGCAAUGGGAACAUAGUAGAUUCAGAUUAAACACACUGCCUUGCUCUGCAAGAGUCUGCUUCGUGUCUGUGCACAUUUGUUUCUUUUUAAAAAUGAGGCUCUUAAAGACAAACAUGUUUUAUCUCAUUUGUUAACCCUUUGAGAUCAUGGCAACAUUUUGUCCUUUUUUUUUUUUUUUUUUGACUUUUGUGUUACGAACUUGAGAAUUGUGUUGAUCUGGCAAUAUAUUUUUGAAAGUCAUAUUUAUUAAAUAUUUUGUAUGAAAAGAGAAUUAAAGUUGUCUUUGUUCUGGA